AUGACUUGCCUCUCGCCCCGUCGGUCACGAAAGCAAGGCGAUGAGGAGCAGCCCGCGACCACGGGCGAUGGCGUCCACGCGGACGUCAGCGAAGGCAAGCUCGCGGCUCCAUGCAACUUCACUCAGUACAUGGUGAAGAAGCAACAGGGCGAAAAGUCACAGUCGACUGCCAUCAGGCCCGCCGGUGAGAGCGGGCGCCGCGGCAUUCACCCAUGGCACUUCGUUCGCAUCGCCUGUCGCUCCACCAGCAGGGCCAGCGCCCUGUGCAGCCUUCUCUGGCCUGUCGUGCCCACUGCCCUGGCCGUGCGAUACACUCUGCCGAGCCAUCAUGUUCUCGUCUUCACCCUCGCAUACAUUGCUAUGGUUCCAUGCGCCAACCUCAUUGGUUUCGCCGGACAAGAGUUUGCUCGCAAAGUGCCGCAUGUGGCCGGGGUUCUCGCUGAAGUGACCUGCGGCUCUGUCGUGGAAAUCAUCCUCUUCACGGUUCUGCUGUCCAAGGAUCAGUUCUACGUCAUCAAGGCCGCCAUUCUCGGCUCCAUCCUCGCCACCAUGCUACUCUGUUUGGGCUUGUGCUUUUUUGUUGGAGGGCUGCGUCGCGAAGAGCAGACCUUUAGCGAGGCCAUCAGCGAGGCGGGCAGCGGCCUGCUACUUACAGCUGGCGUUGCUCUGGCUGUGCCCACGGCUUUUCGACUGAGCCUGGCUUCUGGACCGGGACAAACGGAGCAGCAGCUCAACGCCAGAUCACUCAGCAUCUCCCGCGUCAUAUCCAUCUUGCUCAUCGUAUCCUACUGCGUCUACGUCGUGUUCCAGGCCCGAACCCACCAUGGCAUCUACGCCGCCAUUUUCGAGUAUGACGAGCGCCGGGACCACGACAGGCACAAGGACGAGGCCAAGGCCAAGCUCACAAUGACGGAAUGUGUCGCCGCUCUCGUCGUCGCAAUAGCCGUCGUUACCCUGAUUGCAGUCACCCUCGUUGCCCAGAUUGAGCACAUCAUCGCCAGCUCCAGUGUCUCAGAUGCCUUCAUGGGCCUGAUCCUCGUUCCGUUGGUCGAGAAGUUUGCUGAGCACCUCACCGCCAUUGACGAGGCCUGGGAUAACCAAAUGAACUUUGCCCUCUCACAUGUCCUCGGCGCGACGCUGCAGACGGCUUUGUUCAAUGCGCCCCUGACCGUCAUUAUCGGCUGGGGCCUCGACAGGGGCAUGGACCUCAGCUUCGAUCUCUUCAACCUCGUGAUGCUGAUCCUAGCCAUCCUCACCGUCGGUCGAUUCCUUCAGGAUCAGAAGAGCAACUAUCUCGAAGGAUUCCUCCUCGUCAUUCUCUACAUUGCGAUCGCAGUCUCGGCCUACUAUACCCCGAAUCCGCCUGCACAUGAGUCUGGGGCUGAGGAACCCCCACGAGGGGCAGGCGAGAGCUCGUCAUGA